AUGAUUGUACCCCGCGAAAUAGCUGAUCAAAUCCAAAGCCAGGCUUCUUCUCCUGCCAGCCAGCUUGUUCUCAUCAAACAGCUCCGUAAUGCAAUCGUUGGCCACGAUGACGAGAAACUAGAACAUGCCUCCACAAAUGCAAUCCCAGUUCUUUUAUCCAUCAUAUCCUCCCCUACAGCCCCGCUUCCAAAUCGUGUUGAAGCUGCAACAACAAUCGCCAGUUUUGCAAUCGGCACCGAGGAAAUCAUCGAGGCUGUCAUCAAACACCCAGUCCUCGAUACUAUGGUGGCAAUCCUUUCCCCAGAUUUGGCCCCAGAAAUGCUCGCCUCCGCCCUCCGUACUCUUUCAGCCAUCCUCGAAGUCCGUCCUUCCCCAUCCGUUAUUUCCCGCUCCCCUACCCUCGUCCCAGCCCUAUCAGCAAUUCUUUACUCCCCUAAAACUUCCAUUAAUGUCCUUAACCUCACCUGCGACCUCAUCCCCCAACUCGGUUCAACAAAACUUUCAAUCAUGGCUCUCGCUCCACUUACCCUCCCACUCAUCCAACGUAUCGAAGCUCUCGCAAAGAAAUCCCAUCUCACCGUAGUCGCCUUUUUCCUUGAAUCUGCCCUCUUUGCAUUUUCCCAUAUCCUUACAGCAGACCAAGCCCUCUUCUUACUCAACGCAGACAAAUCUCCAGAAACUUCACAACGUGCCCUCAAAAUCCUCGGAUACUUUACUCCAACACAGUUCAUUGCUUCCCUACUGAGACUCACCCGUAACCCCUCUGCCGGUGUCAAUGUCGCUGCCAUUGCCGCCCUCACAAAACUCCAAUACUACGCCACUGACCCGGCCCAAAAACGAAGUCUUUCCCAACCUUUGCUCCCUGCCCUUAUACCUUAUAUUUUGGACCAAGGUAAUGCAACCUUGUCGACAAAUACCUCCUCCGAUAUCGGCCUGAUACCUUCUUCUUCCCCUCCAAAUACCCGAGUAUUUCGCACUUUUGCCAUCCUUUGCCGUGAUGACAAGGCCAUCUCUAUUCUGGCCCUGGAGGCCGGCGUCAUCAAGCGGCUGGCUGACAUUAUCAAAACUGCAGACACUGUCAACUGGACCAACUCAGAGCUCAUUUCCGAAUGUCUUUUAGGUCUAGCUGCAAUGUCUCUUCAUGACCAUAUCUUUCGCCAGCAAGUCAUUCUCACUGGCGUCCUCAUUCCAAUGCUCCAAUUUAUGCUUGCCAAGCCUGAAAAUCCCAUCAGUGCGGCUGCGUUUGGUCUCCGCAAAAUUAAAAUUGCUUCGUGCCAUUUAAUUCGCGCCCUCGCCCGCAGCAUCUCACUUCUCCGCACCUCUCUCACAACUAUCGACAUUGUCGACGGUAUCUACGGCCUUCUCAAGGCGGACCCUCAUGAGGUCGUGCGCGCUUACGAACGGCUCUACGGACCUGACUUUGAAGAUAAAGAACAGGCUUUGAAUGAUGAGCUCGGAAUCAAGUCUGCAGUCAUGGCGGCCGUAUGCAACCUUAUCCCGGAAUUUAGUGCUUUGCGUGAACCCAUGGUGGAACGCGGGUUCCUCGAGCUCAUUUUGGAAGGAGCUCAUAACUCAUACCCUCCAUUACGACUCAACUCGCUGUGGGCUCUAAAACAUGUCAUUUACGCAUUACCCCUUGAGCGCAAAGCAGAGGUCAUGAAUGGACUCUCGGCUGAGUAUAUCAUGGACCUUUGUCGCGACAAGGAACCUCAAAUUCAGGAACAGGCUUUGUGUUUUUUGCGUAACUUUAUUUACUCCAAAAACCUGGAUAUGCUUGUUACGCUGUUCGACUCCAUUGGUAUCGAAAAUUUCCUCAACAUGAUUGAGGACAAGAUUGUGGAAAACACAGACCCUGAAUAUUUGGACCAAACUCCUGGGUCUGUCAAUACUUCAGCCCAGGACGAGGAAGACGACAACGACAAUGACGACAAAACAAAUCAAGCAAUCUACGAGGUGGCACUAGAAACCAAUCCAUUUGACCUGCCACCACCAAGCAAUCCUGGGAGUCUACCGCCAUUACCACGGCAGUCGCCUGAGUUGUUCCGAUGGGGAUCAUCAACAUCUCAGGCAGCUAUGCUUGCAACGAAACUUGACCAGCGGUCGCUCAUUCUGAUUGCCGCCGAGUAUGUUCUCGUCCAUUUGGCAGCCAUCUCAGAUACAUAUAAAGACACAAUUCUGGGGCACCCAAGGCUCAUGAACCGUCUACUGCCGCUGUUGCGUCAUCGGGCCGCCGAGGUCAAGGUGGCAUGCUGCUGGAUUCUCAUCAAUCUCACUUACUGCGAGGAAUACGUGGCUGUUCCGAUCCAAAUCCCUCCCGGCGCAUCUGCAGAAACCGUGGCAGCCGUGACGGCCCCGUCAACAGAGGAAAACUUAGCGGCUGCAGCACAGCGCGAGGCUGCUUUGCAACACGAGCGUAGUGUCCGCCAACGUGUCAAGCAGCUGGCUAAGCUUGGGUUUCAAGAUCGAAUCAAAACAACAAUGAAUGAUGGCACGUUAGAUGUAGCGCAGCGCGCAAAGUAUGCCUUGUCAUUGAUGGAGAAGUAUUCUGAAUAG